GGUUUAUACACAAGUGCGUUAUUUAUAGAAAUGACCUAUAACCGCAUUGUUAACUCGACAGUACUAGUACUAACAGUAUCGAAGGGGAAAUCAACUCGUAAACACGCUUGUUAUAUUUUAAAUAUGGCUGCUAAAUGCAGAGGAAAGGGUCCUGCAGACAUUGACAAAAGUGAACUGUGGGUGAACCGCGUCUGCAAUUUCUCUUCUGAGUAUGAUGGUGUUAGCUGGGCGGCAAAAUGUGUGAUUGGACCACCAAAAGUUUACCCACGGUACGGUGAUAUCCGCGGUUCAUGGGCCCAGGGUGAAUGUAAUGGUGACCAAUUUAUAGAGGUCGGAUUUGAACAUAAAGUUUACGUAGACGAGGUACACAUUUAUGAGACUUAUCACGCUGGAUCUGUGCGAUGCAUAAAGGCAAGAGGCCCAGAUAAAACUUGGAUAAACAUUUGGACAGCUGCUAAAACAGAAGAUAUUCACACAAGUCGUAUAUUUAAACCAGACAUAGUGAAAACAAAGUUCCAAACAGAUGAACUACGGGUAGAAACGGAUUGUUCUACCAGUGGAACUUGGGCCGAAAUUGAUGCUAUUAUGAUUGUGGGGAGAAAAUAUGACUUACCCAUGGCACCUGACCAAGAGGAUCUAUCAGAUGCUUUAGAGAAAUUGGUCAACAACGAGAAAUUCAGUGACAUCCAGUUUCUUGUUGGUAAAGAAAGAUUCUACGCACACAAAUCGAUUCUGUCAGUGCGUUCGCAGUUCUUCAACGUUCUCUUCACCAGUGACUUCAAGGAAAAAAAUUCUCUGGAACCCAUCACGUUUAGUGACAUCAGUGCUGAAUCUUUCCGAGCUAUGUUACAUUUUGUGUACACAAACAAAAUCCCACCCAACACCUCCUGCCUCUUACUAACAGACCUAUGGAGAGCUGCAGACCUAUUUGACUUGAAUGGUUUACAAGCACUGACUGUUCGUGAGAUUGCCUCAAAAUUGAGUGUUAACAAUGUUGUGGACAUCUACAUGGCUGCUAUAAGCAAAUUGCCUACCAUGGGAGAGUGUGAACUAGUAUGUUUAACCUACAUGAGCAAGAAUAUAGCAGAUGUUGUGAAUACCUUGAGUUUCAUGAAUCUUCCAUCAGAACAAGUUAACCUUAUCCUCAACUACAGUGCUUCACUGAUCAAGAUAUGAGUUAUCUGCCCUUCAUAGAAAUUGUGUGAAUGAAAGUACAGAUUGAUCCAGCCCACUGCUGGUUAAACACUAGAGAAUUAAAUUCGGCCGUAGUUUUCAUACAUGUAUUAACCUGCCAUUGAUUUUGUUUUGGCUAUAACUGUUGUGCUACUGCCCAGGUAGCUCAGUUGAUGGAGUGAGUGUAAUGACCUAGGGACCAGGGUUCAAAUCCGUUAUAUUUUGACAAUCAGAAUAGCAUAGUUUAGAAAAAAAUUAUGUCAUCUCUAUUAUUUUUGUCUUAAAAUCUUGCGAAGUAUAGUUUUCUUUUCAAAAGUAUUUAUGAAACCUAUAAAGUUAGGCAAGAAAAAAAGAGUGUCCCAAGCAUAAGUUACAGAUUUCAGAAGUGUUAUUACCCAGGAUUCUUAACAGAAAGGAAUUGCUAAAGCGUUUUGAAUGAGCUUUCUUAUAUGUUUAUAUGUGAAAUAUGUGAAAUAAUGUCUGUUUCUAAAUAUGGCGUAGUAUUAAGCUAAAGGGUACUGCUGCUUCGACUUAAUCCCAUACUUUCAGAAGAUUGAGCAACAAGGAUUUUUUCUGGUUUAGAGUUACUUCCCUUGUCAAGGUGUUCAUCUCUCAUUUUGAUGCUAAGCAUUUAUAAUUCCUGUAUAGCAACAUUGGUAAACAGAAGUAUUGGCAGUGUAAAAGGUCAGAGGGUUGAUCCAUUUAGUGUUUGUUUUCUCUUGUUUUUAGAUACAUGUACUCAAAUUUAAAACAACUAAAAUUGAUGUUAUCUUAUGCUCAAGACAUGACCCAUUUAAUUGUAUAUUUUGUACAUUAUUUAAUACCUCCAUUGAGCUCAAGAUGUGAUCAACAAGAGAUUUUAUUUUGGAAGACCAACAUUUUUAUGCAAAACAUAAAUUUGUACAUACUUUUUUAGUCAUAUGUCUUUACACACUACAGAUAUGGUAAAAUUAGUCCACUUUUAAUUUUUUCACAAGCUACACAACACUAACUCAUACUCUACAGUUAUUCUGUUUUGAGGUAGUCAUCCGAUUUGUCAGCGUCAUUCCUGAUUUUUUGAAAUUGACGCAAUUCUCCACAUCACGGUCAAAAUGAAUUCAUUCAUUAAUUAGCUGCAUUAGAAAGUAUGACCUUUCCACUAUUAUUUCUAGGGGCCUUGGUGGCCAAGUGAUUAAGGCGUCUGACAUUCUGCAGCCACUAGCCCUCCAACACUGGGUCGCGGGUUCGAGACCUACAUGGGGCAGUCGCCAGGUACUGGCCGUAGGUCUUUCUCCAGGAACCCCGGCUUUCCUACACCACCAAAACCUGGCGCGUCCUUAAAUGACCAUAGCUGUUAAUAGGACGUAAAACACAAACAAACCAAACCAAAAUAUUAUUUCAUCAAAAAGGGAUCAUUGUUAAUGUUUUUUUAUGCAUUUUAUAAUUUUCAAUGCAGUUUCUUACUCAUAAAUUAUUUUCGUGGUUGGUAUGCAUGUUUUGAUUGGAAAAAAAUUCCUGGAGUGUAGCCAUUAAUGUCCAGUUGAAGCAUGUGUUAUUGUACCUAAUAUUUAACUUCAACCUUGAUAUGUUUAAGUAUGCAAUUAAUAACAUAGUACAGUGAAUAGUCACCCCCCUCACCCCACCUUCCUUUAAUUAUUUCAGUAUUGUACUCCUUCC